UUUACGACUGAUGAUGACAUGUCAACAACAAACAUGGCAACCGGCAGCAACUACUGGGAAGAUUUGCGUAAAGAGGCUCGACAACUUGAGAAUGAGCUGGAUCUCAAACUGGUCUCCUUCAGUAAGCUGUGCACCAGCUACAGCAGCAGCAACCAGCGGACAAGGUCGGAUUCUCUUGGCUCUUCUCAUGACAAUAUGCUUGUUGCCAUGACAACUGAGCUGGAGCAGCUUUUGGCAAAACUAACAACAGUCAAUGACAAAAUGGCAGAAUACACAAACACUCCUGGAUCUUCGUCACAUAAUGCAGCAUUGAUGCACACCUUACAGAGACACAGAGACAUUUUACAGGAUUACACUCAUGAGUUCCACAAAACCAAAACCAACUUCUUCAACCUGAAAGAACGAGAGGACCUUCUGGGAUCUGUUCACAGAGACAUUGAGUCCUAUAAGAGCAGCUCAGGAGUGAAUAACAGACGGACUGAACUCUUCCUGAAGGAACAUGAACAUCUCAGAAACUCAAACAGUCUUGUUCAAAACGCUAUCAGUAUCGCCAUGGCUACCAAAGAGAACAUCACAAAUCAGCGUGGGAUGCUGAAGUCCAUUCAAACCAGGGUUACAACUUUGGCCAACCGUUUCCCCGCCAUCAACAAUCUCAUCCAGAAAAUCAAUUUGCGCAAGAGGCGGGACUCUUUAAUUCUAGGCGGGGUGAUCGGCGUCUGCACCAUCCUGCUGCUACUCUACACUUUCCACUGACUUGCUCCUCAAGAGACAAAGCAAAUCACAUUCUUUGUAUCUCAGAAAAUUUUUAUUUUUGCUUUCUUCCUUCUUUCUUAAUUUACUCUGUAAAAAGUUUAGAGGAUGUAUAAAAAUAUGUAUCACAUUUUAAGUCUUAAAGUGAGAGAGUCUCAGCUCUCAGGUUGCACAGCUUAUUUAUUUUCUGUAUUUUCUAAAUGUUUUCUUUUUUCCUUUAGUCAUCAUAACUUUGUAAAUGUAUCAUAUGAAGCAGUGCUAAUGUUCUUUUUAAAUUACCUGAUAAAAAAUAAAGGGGCCGUGCUCAGUUUGGAA